GGAGGGACAGACAGGCUGCGGGGAGGGCAGUGUCCCUGUCCUGUGCAGUUCCCAUGUUCCAGUUCUUGUCCCGUUGCAACAUGGCCCUUCGGAGGGUGCUGGCGCUGGCGGCAGCCCCGGGGCGCCGCAGCAGCAGCUCCAAGCCCUCGCUGGCCCCUGACUUCGUGGAGGCCCUGAGGGCCGUGGUCGGGGCCCCCAAUGUCUCCACGGCCACAGCGGUGCGGGAGCAGCACGGCCACGAUGAGUCCAUGCACCCCUGUGCCCCCCCGGACGUCGUGGUGUGGCCCCAGGCCGUGGGGCAGGUGCAGGAGCUGGCAGCCCUCUGUCACCGCCACCGUGUGCCCAUGGUGCCCUUCGGCACCGGUACCGGCCUGGAAGGAGGCGUCAAUGCCGUGCAGGGCGGUGUCUGCUUUGACCUGAGCCGCAUGGACGCCAUCGCAGAGCUGAGCCUCGAGGACUUCUCGGUGACGGUGGAGCCCGGUGUCACCCGCAAGGCCCUCAAUAAGCACCUGCGUGGCACGGGGCUCUGGUUCCCUGUCGGUACUGUGGGCACGAGGGGGUCAUGGAGCUGGGGGUGACAGCUCUGGAGGGGCUGGUGAUGGCUCCACACCUGAGGAGCCUCUAUGAGUGAGGGUGCCAUGGUUCUUAUGGUUCUGGAUGGGUUGAAUUGCCAGGACCAGGAAUGCUUGCGGUCAUGGGUGACCAUCCUCUCUGCCACACCAAACCCCUAGGUCCCACAGUGACCAUGGCCCCUGUCAAGGUGCUGUGAGGGACACUCAUCUCAUACUGGUUUUGGGGCCAUGUGGGCCCCAGUGCCCUGCUUUUCCACCCCUCAUUUUCCCCCAACAUGCUCUUAAGACCAGUCCCUUGUGUCAUAUUAAC